AAAAUAUAGCUGGAAAAGAAAGCACUGUGCACUCUUCUUCCUCUACAGUCUGCCCACUUCUCUCUGAAACUUUUCUCCUGUCUCAUUGACACAGCUCCUGCCCACUUCUCUCUGAAACUCCUCAUUGUUUGUUUCUUUAGAAAGGAAAAAUAACUACUAGUACAUGCACAAAGUUGCAAUAUAUGCACACAAAAGCAUGGGGAAGAGAAGUAAAUCAUGAUGCUUAAGUCUCACCUUCCAAAACCUUUACUUCAAUCCAACUCUACAGAAAGUCUCACAAGCUUUCUCCCAUCCUUGGCUUUUCCUCUUCCUCUUUGUAAUCUACUGAUUCUACCAAACUAUCAUAAACAAUCCAUUGAAAAGAUAAAACCACCCAACCGAAUCCUUUCAUUCAUUGUUUUCCCUCCAUCAAAAAUCCCAAUAAAAAUCCGGUCUUUUUAUCUCUAAUUCAAACACACGGAAAAAUGACAGAAAUACUUCAAUCCCCACCACAACAUUUGCCUUCAUCUUCAAGCACCAUUACAUUUGUAUCAUCACCACCUACAGAUAAUGAUGGCUUAGACCAACAUACGCAUCUUAAAAAUGACACCACCCUUAUUAACAACAGUCCUAUCAUUUCUUCUCCUGUAGCAGUAUACAGGGGAGAUACAGAAGAAAUACAAGAAGGAGAAGAGGAAGAAGAAGAAAGGGAGGAAGUUGGUAUUGGUGGUGUGAGUAGUAGGAGCGUUGAGUUCAGAAAAGAGAGGAAAAAGAGGGAGAGAGAAGAAGGAGAUCAGCUGUCUCUAUUGGCCGUGUUAGUUACCGUGUUUAGGAAAUCUUUGGUGGCUUGUAGGAGCGAAGAGGGUGGUGGAGUUGAAGAACGGCUAUCUUCCUCUUCUGCCAUGGAGAUUAGCUGGCCUACAAAUGUGAGACAUGUUGCUCAUGUUACCUUUGAUCGCUUCGAUGGUUUUCUUGGUCUUCCGGUUGAGUUUGAACCUGAGGUUCCCAGGAGGCCUCCUAGUGCCAGCACGAGAGUUUUCGGGGUUUCAACUGAGUCUAUGCAGCUUUCUUUUGACUCUAGAGGGAAUAGCGUGCCUACUAUACUUCUGAUGAUGCAAAGACGGCUUUAUGCCCAUGGUGGACUGCAGGCAGAAGGAAUCUUCAGGAUUAACGCUGAGAAUGGCCAAGAAGAGUAUGUUAGGGAACAAUUGAACAGUGGAGUAGUGCCAGAGAAUGUUGACAUACAUUGUUUAGCAGGUCUAAUCAAGGCUUGGUUCAGAGAACUUCCGGCUGGGUUGUUGGAUUCUCUCCCGCCAGAGCAGGUCAUGCAGGCACAAUCGGAAGAAGAAUGUUCACAGCUUGUGAGGGCUCUUCCAUCUACUGAAGCAGCUCUAUUGGACUGGGCCAUAAAUUUGAUGGCGGACGUUGCUCAACUGGAACAUCUAAACAAAAUGAAUGCACGCAAUAUUGCUAUGGUUUUUGCACCAAAUAUGACUCAGAUGGCAGAUCCUUUGACAGCAUUGAUGUAUGCUGUGCAAGUAAUGAAUUUUCUGAAGACUCUAAUAGUCAAAACCUUAAAGGAAAGAGAAGACGCUAUCCUAGAAUAUGUUCAUGCACCUGAGUUGGAGCCCUCUGACGAAAAUGGACAUCAUGGUGCAUCACAAUCAAUCAUUUGGGAAGAAGUUGAAGAGACCCAAGAGGACCAACUGUUAGUAGCCAAAGAGCCACUUUCAAAUACCACGGAGCAUUCUUAUCAGGAUGAGUCGAAUGUCUCCAAUGCACCAGAUGCUUUUGUAAUUUCUACUGAGAAUGACCCUCCUGGUGAAAAGGAAAACGUUGUCAAGUAUUUCCCUGGUGAAAUUCUAAAUAAUGCUGCAGCAUCAAAGGAUGGAAUCAAAGGAAAUAACAGUAAAGUUGCAAGUGGAAGAUAUCAAUCAAAAAGCAGGAGGACAAAAACUGGGCAGUCAAGUAAUUCUGGCCUAAAGAGGACAGCAAAAAAGCUCAUGGAGCAGCCAGUCAUUCAAACAACUAGGAAUGCAGAAAAGAACAAGGAGGUUAGUAUCAUUAGCCGCAUAAAUUCACAAACAGAACGGGUCGAAGCCUGGCGGUGAACUUCAGUUAUUUGUGUCAAUGGGGAGAUCGAGAGGCAAGGAAGUGCUUUUAGACUCGAAGGACAGAGUCAUCUUUAUUUUCACUUUGAUUUGGGGUUGUUGCUUAGGUUCCGUGGAAUGUUGUAUUUGUUUCUUGGUAGAGUCUUGUACUUUGUCUCUCUGGAAAUGCAGCUGCUCUUCAGUAGCGCAUGCUGACAUACUGGAACUUCUAUGCCUCAAUGCCUAUCGCUAUCGAACUUUUCCAGUUCAUGUAAUGAAUCUGUGUACUCCCAUUAGGUUCAGGCUUUGAGAAAAUUAGCUGGUUAUGUAACUUAUUUUCUCCAUUAUUGUUUCCAUUGUAAGUAUAGUGAGUGAUCAACUUUGAGUUUGCAUCUUCUCCUUCCUCACCUCUUGUAUUCUAUUUACUGAUAAAAUUCAUGUAUAAAAAUGGAAUAUUCUAUCAUCA